AUGCUGAGAAUUUCAAUCUGGUAUAUUCGUCGCAUUCAGGACCAAGCGGAAAUGCCUCCUCCGCCGGUGCCACCAAAACCGCGUUCCGCCUCCGCAAUGGCGGAUCCCAUGGUGCCAGAAUUGCCUGAACGACGGGGUGUCUUGCCAGCACAGGUUCGACCUCUCGUCCAACGUCCACCCAGUCCACGGGAGGCGGGCAGAGCGACACCGAGUAUAGAGCCAGAUUUGGUUGGAAAGGAUAGAUACGAUAAGGCCUCAAAGUGCUUCUCGUAUGCUCCGACGAAGGCGCUGAACGAGGCAUUCGAACGGCCGAGGAAAUCCUCUGUGUCAAAAAUCGAACGAAAAGAGGACGAGAUUCAGAACAUCGAUCCGGAUGAAGUCAGCACUGCGACAAUUCCUCAUUCCGAACCGAUUCGAAUGCCCGUGCAACCCAAAUGGGACGAUGAGAUUGAAAACGCGAAACAGGUACUGUUACCCAUCUCCCUACCAGAAUAA